GUCAGCCUUUAACACAGCCUUCCAGCCGCCCGCUCGCUGCCCCGGAACCAGAGCCUUCAUGGAGCUCCCAGCCGUGGCUUCAAACGACACUCUCUACAUCUCCACGGAAAGUUCAGAGUUACUUACAGAUAUUGUGGAGCUGCACCAGAUCCAUGUGGAGAGCGCCCCAGUAGAGACUGUCCCUGUGGCGUCCAUCCCCAUGGAGACCAUCCCUGUGGAGACCAUACCCGUGCUGGAGACCAUUCCUUUCGAGACCAUCCCUGUGGAGGCUAUGGCGAUGGAAACCAUCGCAGAGUACGAGAUUAUCAGCGGCAAUUGGGUCCACGGUGGCCACCACCAUCCACCUCUGAUCGCGCUGCAGCCACUCUUUACCAACACCCCGAACCAAGGGGACCACGACCAGGAUAUAAUCAUGGUGCAGACACAGGAGGAAGUGGUGGGCUACUACGAGUCAGACAACCUGCAGGCCCACAGCAGUUUCGAGGACCAGAUGGUCCUUCCGGUUGAUGAAGAUGAAUGCUUCCAGCAGACCCUGGCUUCCUUGUCUGCCUCCGCAUCAUCAUCAACCCACACCCGCAGCAAGAAGCGCAGCAGCCAAAGCAAGAAGGCCAGCGGUAAGAAAAAUUACACGACCAGUGAGCCGCGGGCGGGAAGUAGCAACUCCGAGAUGGGCGCCAAGAAAUGGGAGCAGAAGCAGGUGCAGAUCAAAACUCUGGAGGGUGAGUUCUCUGUCACCAUGUGGUCCCCGAGCGAGAAAAAAGACGAUGAGACAGGACAGACAGAGAACUCAGCUCCUGAUUAUUCAGAGUACAUGACCGGGAAGAAGCUUCCUCCCGAAGGAUUACCUGGUAUUGAUCUCUCAGAUCCUAAACAACUGGCAGAAUUUACUAGAAUGAAGCCAAGAAAACCCAAAGAAGAUGCGCCAAGAACCAUCGCUUGCCCUCAUAAAGGCUGUGUGAAGAUGUUCAAGGAUAACUCUGCUAUGCGGAAACAUCUGCACACUCACGGUCCUCGAGUCCACGUAUGUGCAGAAUGUGGCAAAGCUUUUGUUGAGAGCUCAAAACUAAAACGACAUCAACUGGUGCAUACUGGAGAGAAGCCCUUCCAGUGCACAUUUGAAGGCUGUGGAAAACGCUUUUCCCUGGAUUUCAAUUUGCGUACACAUGUGCGAAUCCAUACCGGAGACAGGCCCUACGUGUGUCCCUUUGAUGGCUGUAGUAAGAAGUUCGCUCAGUCAACUAACCUGAAAUCUCAUAUCUUAACACAUGCGAGGAAUAAAAACAGUAUCUGGCAUAAUUUCGUCCUUGCACUCCUUGGUAUUUUAGCUCUUGUGCUCCUCCCUGUAAUUCUCUUGCCAUUUUACUACACUGGAGUCGGGGUGCUUAUCACGGAAGUUGCUGAGGACUCACCUGCCGUUGGACCCAGAGGCCUUUUUGUGGGAGACCUUGUCACCCAUCUACAGGAUUGUCCUGUUACUAAUGUACAAGAUUGGAAUGAAUGUCUAGAUACCAUCGCCUUUGAGCCCCAAAUUGGUUACUGUAUUAGUGCAUCAACCUUACAGCAGUUAAGCUUCCCAGUUAGAGCAUACAAACGGCUAGAUGGUUCGACCGAAUGUUGUAACAAUCACAGCCUCACGGAUGUGUGCUUUUCCUACAGAAAUAACUUUAAUAAGCGUUUGCACACAUGCUUACCUGCCCGGAAAGCAGUUGAAGCCACGCAAGUUUGUAGAACCAAUAAAGAUUGUAAAAAAAGUUCAAGUUCAAGUUUCUGUAUAAUACCUUCUUUGGAAACUCAUACUCGCUUAAUAAAAGUGAAACAUCCACCUCAAAUUGAUAUGUUGUAUGUAGGCCAUCCACUGCACCUUCACUACACAGUGAGCAUCACCAGUUUUAUCCCACGUUUCAACUUUCUAAGCAUAGAUCUGCCUGUGGUUGUGGAGACAUUUGUCAAGUACCUGAUUUCUCUGUCAGGAGCUCUGGCUAUUGUUAAUGCAGUGCCCUGCUUUGCCUUGGAUGGUCAGUGGAUUUUAAACUCUUUCCUAGAUGCUACCCUUACCUCAGUGAUUGGAGACAAUGACAUCAAAGAUCUGAUAGGAUUUUUCAUCUUGCUUGGUGGUAGUGUACUUCUGGCUGCCAACGUGACCCUGGGACUCUGGAUGGUUACAGCACGGUAAUGUUUGCACUCAUCUUGCAGAAUGAUACUUUAUAUGAAAGAGAAAGCAUUUCCUUAAAAUCGCAUUUUAACCAACAACUUUAAGCUCCUCCUGUAUCAGAAUAUCCAAACUCUGGAAUGGGGGAUAAACAGAAGAAAUGAAAGGCAUAGUCCCUGACCACAUCCUACUUUUAAAGACUGAACUUAACAAAUUUCAGAUGCUUGUGAAACAAUUUCUAAACAAGUGAAAAUUCAUAUUAAACCAUUAUGUGUGACUACAUAUCAUACUGCAGUAGUGUAAAGGAGAAGAGAAUUGGGUGAAAUUAAUUGGGGCAAACUUUCUGAAAAAGCAUCAUUAACCCAGAUUUGAAGAAGACCAGACUCUGGCCAAGUGGAAGGGUGAGCAUUUCCUUGGCCUACCUCUCUUGUCUUUUUUCUUAGUUUGAAAAGUAUUUUAAGAUUUAUUGAUAUAUUAUUUUGUACUCUGACAACUGAGGUCUGAUUACAAUUAAUAAAAUUCUAUAAAAGCAUCUGCUGACAUGGAAGGGAAAAUCUUUGUUAAAUGGUACCAAAUAAGGGAACAAAGUAGGAGGUAGGGCUUACAAUGACACAUGCUUUGCCCUACAAGAGUUGCCUCUUUGAUAAAAUGUCCCCGUACGUACCCUCAUAAAGCAGCACUGUGUUCUGACAUUCAGAGUGAGCUACAAGAAGUCUCUUCCACUUGCAGCAUGUGAGCUGAGAAAGUUAAAGUUUAAGUGUCAGAACUGAGCCUGGUCUUCUAACAGAUCACGAGACAGAUCUGCUGCAGUCCUGGUUACCAUUCUCCACAAAGCUUUGAAGCUCAGAACCCUUUCAGGGUAGACGUUUUCUCUUGUGCUGCUGGGGUUAUCUGGGGCCUAGGUCCUGGGUUCCUGCCUUCAAGGAGCAACUACCUUAAGCUCUCAACCAUACUCUGUCCUCACCAGCAUCUUCCAUGUUUCUCUGUAUUGACUGUAAACACCCAGUCCUUGCUUUCCAUCUUUCUCCUAAGCUACCUCUAUGGGUCCACGGAAGACUUGGUAGUACAGUGAGAAUGGCUACACAUGAGUACAGAUGUGGAUUUGCCAGAGCCUGGGAACUGACUCUUGAGCCCAAAAGAGCCCUGAGUAGUUCAAGGUCUUUUGGACUGGAGCUGGAACCCUGGAAGACCCAGGAAGUCAACAUGCCACUGUGAAGCUCUUGGUCUUCUAAGUGUCUGAGCGUACUGUUCUUUGUUGAAAAAUACGUGCUUCCUUCAUACACUCAAGAACAUUAACAGCUGUGUACCCAACUUUUUCACUAAGUGAGGCAUUCCAUGGGGUUCACCUUUUUCUGAUUAUUGAGCUGCUCUUCAGCAAUAAAGGUUUUUAAUUUUUAAGUUCUUUAGACUGUAUUGCAAGUUUGCCUGCCUUCUUAAAUAGAAAUUAUUUAUUGAGUAUACUGUUAAGAUUUUAUGAAUGACUUGAUGUCAUCAGUUAUUACCACUACUAAAAUCAUACAAGUUAUUCUUUUAUCCCAGGAAAAAGGUGGUUGUUGUAUUCUUAGGUAGAUAGUCAUUCAGGAUUAAAGUCUGUUAGCAGAGAGCUCAGACCAGUUUAGAUAGUAGAACUUGGAGAAUACCAUGAAAUACUUGCAUAAUUAAUUUGAUAACAUGAACUAUGCAGUUUACUAAUGAACAUAUUGUAUAUGUGCAGGUCAGUUUUUUAAAACAAAAAAAUUUUAAUAGAGGAAAUCCUACCCAUUAACUUCUUUUUCUGGGUGGGAAAAAAAAACAACAGCUACAACCAAACACCUCAUUUUCUUGUAGCAUUUGAACAUCUUGGUCUCUUGCUCUAUAGGGUCGGGAUUUGAGAACCACUCUUAUUAGGAUAAUGAGCAAAUCAGUUGCAUUUGCAUAGAAAUGGCCUCAUCGUGUAAGAAAGGAAAUAUUAUCUGCUGUCUCUUCAGCUUGAUUGUGGGCACUUCUAGAGCAAAGACCAUGCCAUACUCAGCUUUGCAUCCCUGGCACAGUGCAUGAGACAUCAUAAAUACUUAAUAAACGUGGUCGAAUGAAUGAUGAAUACUGGUAUUUAUGGAUUAGAAAAGCAUGUUUCUAUUUAAGUAAGCUAUGAAUAGUAUUAUUGAAUAUUUACUGUAAAUAUAUGUUAACAACAAAAUAACCUGGAAGGUCUUUGUGUCCCUAGUAUAUUAUCAUCUUUAUGAAAAUAACCCAUUUUGGUUAAUGUAGAGCAAUUAGAAAAAUGAAUUACUUUGAGGAUUUGAAAAAAAUGUGCUUUCUGUGUUGUCACGUCGUUCAAUAGUACUUAUUUUCAGUGUUCUACUCUACAUUGUUUACAUUUUCCACAGUUUUUUAAAUCACCUACAAUGUGUAAAGAACGUAUAUAUUCUUUUCAUCUCAGUUGGAAAAGACAUGGUUUAAACUUGACCUUUUGAUAAUCAUUCUUAUAGGGUCAUUGUCAUCUAUUCUAACAGCAAAUUUUAAACAGGCACUUCAUGGAUACAUGGCUCUCCGUCAUCAGUUUGUCCUGUGGUAUUUAUUGAAUGUCCACAUACUAAUUAAUGGUGCACAGGUAUUUUUUUCUACGGAUCUUUCUUUCAACUAUGCUGUAAUUCAUUCUUAGUAUUCAAGUUGAAGAUACCAUAGCCACUGGCAUUUGAUGUUUAGCAAUAAAAGAAUAAAUGUGUACCAGCACUCUG